CUAUUCUUCGACCCGGCUACUCGGCAAUCGAUUGAACCCACGAACCCACGAACCGGGACUCCCCGACACAGCGGCAACCAGUCACUGUUUAUCACCGUACGCGGUAUCUCCUCACAUGUUAUGGAAGGAGCAUCAGCUAAGUCACAGUUGGAUCUUUGUCAUCUCACGGUUGGAUCAUGUUGACCAGUCGCGGUCGUCUGCUCACAAACCAUCCGACUCUAAAUGACUAUGCGGCACUGCCACAACGUUUGCAAGCAACUAGUAGGCUUAGUCACCGAGCCCCGCACCGCCGUCAACACUACUAAGCGGAACCGGAGACUUCAAAUGCGGGAGUGACGUCUUCACCGACAUGUAUAUAACUACGGUACGCAAAGCAUCCCAAUGCAACCUCGGUACCACACGGACUUCCUCCGCUAUCUUCAAUGACUAUGGCAUCUGGUUCAAGCAGUACUCUACAUCCACUCGGAGGCCUUCAACGCGGCAAAGCGUGCAUUGCAUGCAGACGUCGAAAAGUCAGGUGCGAUGGUGCCCGACCGACGUGUGGUCAAUGCGUCCGUGGUAACAGGCCCGCCGACUGUGAAUACACGGAUGGCCAGGGCCGGUCUCGGACACACAUGCUGGAACAAGAAAUUGCACGUCUUCAAACUCGAAUACAAGAACUCGAGCAUCCCGAGCACACUACGCCUGCAGUUGCGCUACACAAUCCUUACUCAUUGUUCGACGUCCCACAAGGCUAUUCUGUCCCAUUUGGUUUACAGCCUUCUCAUAUUUCUGCACCAAGUCCUGGAGCGUCGUCGAGUUCCAGUGCUCAAAGCACAUGGGGUGAUUUCAGCUCGGGCGGCUGGUGGGUUCAAGAAGAGCCUCCAAUACAAAUUGUACUAGAAUCUUUGGACAAGAUCUUGCCUUACGCGGACGAACUUGGGUUUUUCCUCCAUGUCCCGCGCGUGCGCAACACGCUCGUGACUGCUUCUUCCCGUGGUAUUCCGAUUGCGCUGCAAAACGCCAUUAUUCUAUUAUGUCUCCACAUCACGAAUACAAAACAAUCAGCCUUCGAGCAGACAGUGCUAUCAAGAUGUUUGCGUCAACUGGCUGAUAUCAUCCCUUCCUGCAAAGUCCUCCUUACAUACUACCUGUUCCGGGUCGGACGAACAGUCGAGGCGAAGUACCAUUCAGGCGCGGCCGCCAGAGAGCAAAAUACACCUGCAGAUAUGCAGUCUAUGGAAUUCGAUAUAUUCGGGACCACCCUUCCGAAUCUAGUCGAUGAUAUUGAGCAGACAGAAGCCAUACAUGCAUUCUGGAACGUCUUCACUUGGGACAAGAGUGUGUCCGCCGUGCUGGGGGUUCCGCCUAGCAUCGGUAGAUCUAUUAGGGUAUCUGUCCCUUGGCCUAGAAAAAUGCGGGAGGUUGACUCUUUCGAUCAAGAUAUCCACCUCACAAGCCGUGGGCAGGAAAUCGGACUUCAAGUGGACACCGUACAACAGUUCCUUGUUGAUGGACAGAAUGAAAAGGGAGACUUCGACUCUGCACUUGCCUUUCACGCAAAAGCAGCUGUGCUCCUUGACGAGGUGAACAAUUUAGUUGAGCAACACAUAUCAGAUUCACAGGUCCAAGAAACACAUUCAUUCCGAGCACAAUUUGCGUCACUCGACGCACUCAUACAACACCUACGAGCAUCCAUUCCUCUUACUCCUUCGUUACCUCAUCUUGCUUAUCCCCGCUCAGUUUGCAUACAAUCCCUUCUAUCUCUCGCUACCAUCCGGUUGCACAGCCCCUUCCGUGAAUCCUAUACCUUAUCGAAUCCCGAAAUCGUCACCGCGGCAGUGCUCAUCGCGCGUGCCCUACAGUGCGUGAACGUAAAUACACUGCAGUAUUUUGACCCUGUUCUCAUAAUAUGGAUAAAAGCUUCCUUCGUGAUUCAUGCGGAAAUCACACGUUUACGUGCCAUAAAGGCCUGGCCAACUCAAUUCCCUGUACGCGGAGAAGGACUUGUGCAGGCCCUAAGGACGAUGUUAGGUGUAUUAAGAGACAUUGCGGACCAUUGUCCUGUACUCGCACUGCGGACAAGAUUAGAAACUGUAUUAACCCUUCUCGACUUUGGUACUCAAUGAUUCAAUUUUCCGAUACUUUGGCUACCGUGUAUAAACCUUUUUUCAUAAACAAGUCCUAAUGUAUCAUUACUCAUCCGGGAUGCCCUUGUGUAAUAGUAAUACCCCUUCUUGAAUACCCUGUACGGUACUUAGUGAUUUUCUUAUCCUUUCGCUAGAGUGUAUAAACCUUUUCUCACAAA